AUGGAGCAUAGGGGAGGUGGAGCCAGCCUUAGACAGCGUCUGAAGAUGCAUUUGAACUUCGGCAGGAAGCGUCACCGUCGGGCUCCUCACUUUGUGAGGCAACUGACAAAACUCGAAUUCCCUCGUUUCAAUAGGAAAAAUAAUGUCAUGAUGAGGUACGAGGUACCGCGAAUCGUUGUAAUUUUAUUUUGGGAGGUUCUUUUUAUAAGACGGCCCAGUGUCGCCUUUACCGACUUUGAAAUAAAGGACAAGAGAAGUUCAGUUAUGUCCUCACUGCUCCUCCUCUCCGCAAUUGGGGAGGGAGUAGCUUCCUUCGUCCUUCCCAUCAUCGAUGCUUUCGGACCUCCGAAAUAUGUGGAGCAUAAGUUCUACUUCGAGAUUUUUCAACUCAUUCAAUUCACAAUCUCCAUUGCUGCGCUCGCCUACUUGCAAGCGCUGAUGACUUACUACAACCGAAAGAUGCAGCGACGUGAACGACUACGUCAACGGUUGGUGCAGCACUUUGGAGACAGCAGUGACAAUCACAUCGAGGAGGAGGAUGAGGAAGAAGCGGAGGAGGAGGAGGAGGAGGAGGAAGAAGAAGAAGAAGAAGAAGACGGAUCCAAUGAAAGCACAGAAACAAGUCCAAAAGGCCCACCGGAUUAUGCCACCACAACACUCCAAAUGGAGGGUAGUAAAGCGGAGGUAUUUCAUGACGGUGUUCCUACUGCAGCUCCAGAAAGCGAUUUGGGGUCUUCUGUGAACGGUCCACUACCUCUCAUUCAUGAACAAAUGCCAAAGGACGAUUCACAUCCCAACAGCACACGAAAUUCGGCGAUUUACACCGUUCUGCCAGCUAAAACCAUAGUUAAACAGAAGUCCGGUGACUCAGGUGACCCUCAGGCCCAACGGAGGCACGUGCAGGGAGUGCCAGAGGGCAAACCUUUGGCUAAAAGGAGAGUGACUAAUAUAGGGAGAAUGUUUGGAGACACCUUUGGCAUAAUUAGCAAGACGAACCCACCCUACACACAGGAUUCGGAGGGCAUUAACCUCUAUCUGCGCUUGGGUACUGUCGUGUUUGGAUUCGGUGUCAUAAUCAUGGACGGAUUUCGUGUUGCUGACCAAUUUCGUGCAGUAAACAGUGAAAGAAGCUGUCACAGUAUCCUCUGGACACCUCUAAAUGCCGUUCACGCCAUCUACAUUUUCUGGCAGACAUACUUCCUCUUUAAGUACCACAGAUAG